ACUGGGCCUUUGGUAUGCCCCAGGGGACAGAUGUCUUGGGAUCUUUAACAUUUGGGAUGCUGCAAAUGCCGAAGUUAAAUGAAAUACCUCCGGGGAGGGGAGGCCCGGGGGAGCCUUGGGGAGAGGGAAGAUGGGCGGGACCAACAGGUCCUGAAGCUGCGCGACCGGCGCGGGGGGCGCGGGGGCAGGCGCGAGGCGCCAGAGCUCGGUGGGACAGGUAAGGCGGAAACUUAGUGAACGGAGCGCGGGAGAACUGGGGGGGGGGGGGGGGGGAAAUCGAGCUCCUGAACCUCGGUCUUCAUCCUCUGCAGAGGCAGUCUUGCAGGGAAAGGGGGUAAUUUUACCAAGGGGUCGAGCAUUCCCGAAUUUCUACCCCAAAGCUGUUUCCAACGGCCAACCUUUCUCCUUCGACUCACUCCCCCGGCCGGUGGCUCUCCUGGCCAGGUUCCGAGAAGGCAGAAAGCAGGCAAACAAAAGGAGCCGGAGUCCCAGGCCGGCCUAGAAGGAGAGGGCGCGGUGGGGGAGGGGCUGGGGGGGACAGGACAAAGGGGCUUUUUACAGAGAGCCUUAGAGGUUUGAUUUCAGGGUGCAUCUUCUGUUACCCCUAGUUCUCCACCCUGGCUUAGUUGAGGUGAAUACCUUUCCUAGUGGCCAGAGAGGAGUGGAGAAAGAAAACAGAUAUUCUUCCACCCCUCCUGCCCAGAGAGUCCCCGACUAUUUCCCGAGCUCCGCGGCUGGUCAUUGAUUUGUUAAUGCACUAAGUAAUUGUGGGAAUGCUGGUGGUUGUGCUUUGCUGGGUGCUGUUGGGGUGAUGUGGUCAGGUUGAAGGACUUGGUUUUAAAAACUUUGACUCCUAAAGUAUCACAGAAACUUCGGGGGCAGCGGAGAGAGCGGAGUAUGUUUGGUUACAGGUCUGUGAAAGAGUUUGGACACGAAAGGUUUUGAAGAGAUGGCUGUCGUGGAAAGGGCUUGUCUUCCACCUAGAUGGGAUUCCGGUGCUAGAAAAUCUCACUUCCUCGCCUGUCCUCGUAGCCAGUGGCUCUGGGACCUGGGAUCAGGGAAAAUGGGUGCUGAGUUCCAAGUUAGUUUUAAGCUUCCUCUGGAGAGUGCCCACCUAUCCCUUGAUGGUGUCUUCCGAUAACAUCCAUCUUGGCAGGAGGACUGUUAGUUAGGUCAGCCUAAUUCCAAACCCUAGAUUCUAGUGGAUUGGGGGGAUGCCGAGUUUGGACUUGGUUCAGUGCAAGCAGGUUGGUCUGUAAAUCUAUUGCUGAGCAACGGAUUGAUGCCCAUCUUCAAUGGAAGGCACUGCCAGUGCUGAGUUUCUGCAAAACGAGAGGAAAAAAAAAAGAAGAAGAAGAAAAAAGCUUCAUUGCACAGCCUCCUGCAGGAGGCCCGGAGGCUGGGAACACUCCAGACUACCUACACAUCCUGGCCCAGGCUGGGACCAGUGCAGCCCCUCCUUCCUCUGUGCCCCCUCUUCCCAGAAACUCAUCAUGGAGAGUAAGGAUGAAGUCAGUGACUCCGACAGCGGCAUCAUCCUGCAGUCUGGCCCGGACAGCCCUGUCUCUCCAAUGAAAGAGCUGACCAAUGCAGUACGCAAGCAGCAGAGGGCUCUGGAAGCGAGGCUGGAGGCCUGCCUGGAGGAGCUGCGCAGACUCUGCCUGAGGGAGGCGGAGCUGACUGGGACUUUGCCGGCAGAGUAUCCCCUUAAGCCUGGUGAGAAGGCCCCCAAGGUCCGGCGCAGGAUCGGAGCAGCGUACAAGCUGGAUGAGUGGGCCCUCCACAGAGAGGACCCCCUGAGCAGCCUAGAGCGCCAGUUGGCUCUGCAGCUUCAGAUCACCGAGGCGGCUCGAAGGCUGUGUGCAGAGGAGAACCUCAGCAGACAGGCACGCAGGCAGCGGAAGCACGCUGCGCUGCAGGAGGAGAAGAAGCUGCGGGACCUUCAGCGUUGCCUGGGUGAUCGGCGGCGGAACAGUGAGCCCCCUCCUACCACUGUGCCCUCCCUGGGCAGAGAACUCAGUGCCUCUGACGACAGCUCCCUGUCUGAUGGGCUGCUCCUGGAGGAAGAAGACUCCCAAGCGCCAAAACCUCCCCCAGAGUCACCGGCACCACCUUCGCGGCCUCUCCCACCCCAGAGCCUUGAGGGCCUACAGCCAACAGGACCUGAGUCUGGCGGCCAGGAACGGGCUCCCAUCCAAAACAGUCCCUGGAAGGAGACCAGCCUGGACCACCCCUAUGAGAAGCCCAGGAAGUCUUCUGAGCUCAGUAGCGAGUCCAGCAGCCCGGCCACCACUCCUCAGGACCAGCCCAACCCUUCCAGCCUGUGGGUGCUGGAUGCUGCCUCUUACCACGUGGUCCCCAUCCGAAAUGUUCCCGGCCAGCGUCAGGGCCGCACCAGUGCCCCAGCCACCCCUGAGAUGCAGGGCAGGAGGGGCCAGUCACAGUCUCUGAGGGUGGACUCCUUCCGAGCAGGCGCGGAGGGCCGAGGUCGCAGUGCCUUUCCCCGCCGCCGCCCCACUCAUUACACAGUGACAGUGCCAGACUCCUGCUUCACACCCGGCAAGCCCCCACUGCCACACCCUGCCUGCCAUUCCUGCUCUGAAGACAGUGGCUCUGAUGUCUCCAGCAUCUCCCAUCCCACCUCACCUGGCAGCAGCAGUCCAGACAUCUCCUUUCUGAGGCCCCUCUGUCUCCCUGAGCCACCUCGCCACCGUGGGGCCUGGGGCCCAGCCUGUGGCAGAGAGCUGGCCCCUCAUUACUCUAAACUUCUGCUACCCGCUGGAUACUUCCCAACGGGGCGCUAUGUGAUGGUGGCCGAGGGCCACCUGCCGCCGGGCGAGUGGGAGCUGUGUCGUGCAGCCGUGGGUGCUGCCUAUGACGAGGAAGGUGCACCCCUGCGUUACCAGCGACUGGUACCCUCCCACAGCCGCAUUGUGCGCACACCCUCACUAAAGGACAGUCCUGCGGGCCGGGGACUCAGCAAGGCAGCAGUCUCGGAGGAGCUCAAGUGGUGGCAUGAACGCGCACGUCUCCGGAGCAGCCGCCCCCACUCGCUCGACCGCCAAGGGGCGUUCCGUGUUAGGAGUCUGCCUCCUGGGAGGGAGAGCUUCGGGCGGGCCUCAGGACCCAGGACACAGGUGCCCCCCGUGUACGUACUCCGGAGGUCGACGGACGGGGCCCCAGUGCAAGUCUUUGUGCCUGAGAACGGAGAGAUUAUCAGCCAAGUGUAACUCUUCUGAACGCCUUGCCUCGUGCGGGAAAAGACUUUUCUAUUGGAGCUGGGGUCGAGGACCCCCUCACCCUUAAGUGCUUCUUUCAUCUCCCCUCCCCUCAUCGCAGGCCGAUGAUGCAGAGCUGAGACCUUUCGGUUUUUUUACAUGUGUUUCCCAGAAGUCCUGACCUGAGGAUUUAUAUCUGUGAUUUGUCUUAUUCUUUAAUAACAUGAUUAUGCUUUAUCCCCCAGAGUCUGGCCUUUUGGACUAAUGUCGAGCUGGACUAAUCGACAGCAUUUGUCUCCUUAUGUAGGACAAGUGGCAUAGAGGGCCCCUUGAGACGUCCCAUAUGCUCUGGGCCCUCUUUCUGAGAUACCUGUUGCUUCUUAAGGCUGGAGGCCGGAUGUGGGACUCCCUCAACAGGGACUCUUCCCUUGUUUCCCAGAUGCUGGGCAGAACUCUCCUCUCCCCUUCAGGGCACAGGCAUUUCUGUCAUGGUGUUCUUCCCAUACCCUACAGUAGUCCCAACCUCCACUUGCCAUAUUGUAUGGCUUCUGAGCCCCUUCCCCAGUGCAUAGAUGCCCCCCCCCCAACCCAGUGUAUUCUCUGGAUCCCUAAGUGCCUUAGAUCCUGAGCCACAGAGCUGAGAGACUUCUGAGUGCUAGUGCCUCCCCACACCUGAGCAUCCUUCACAUUAAUUAACUUAUUGGUCUUACCUAACAGCUAUCUCGUGUGGUUGCACCGUGGCGGUGCCCUCCGUUACAGGGCAACCUUGUGCCAAAUACUUCAAUAAAAUCUGAUUGGCCCAGCUGAGGAUGAAGGA